CAAGGCAUCUGGUAACACUCUGACUGCACGUGCUUAUUUUUGUUUUGAUCAGCUUGUUUUGCGCUUUCACGAUGUUGGCCAAAAAACAGAAGAUGACCGAGGACGCCGAAACAGAACCCAAGGCCACGCCUCACACGAUACAGGCGCGCCUGAUCUCGGACACCGGCGAGGAGGCGGGGCCACCCAUCGACCUGCCGGCGGGGAUAACAACGCAACAGUUGGGUCUGAUUUGCAAUGCACUGCUGAAGAACGAGGAGGCCACUCCAUACCUCUUCUUUGUGGGCGAGGAUGAAAUAAAGAAAAGCCUAGAGGACACCUUGGACUUGGCCUCGGUGGACACAGAAAACGUAAUAGACAUCGUCUACCAGCCCCAGGCCGUUUUCAAAGUGCGCCCUGUGACGAGAUGCACAAGCUCCAUGCCUGGCCAUGCCGAGGCCGUCGUUUCCCUCAACUUCAGUCCGGAUGGAGCUCAUCUGGCCAGCGGAAGUGGCGAUACGACCGUGCGCUUGUGGGACCUCAACACGGAGACGCCCCACUUCACCUGCUCAGGCCACAAACAAUGGGUGCUGUGCGUUUCCUGGGCUCCUGAUGGAAAACGCCUGGCCAGCGGCUGCAAGGCGGGCUCUAUAAUCAUCUGGGACCCGGAGACGGGCCAGCAGAAAGGACGCCCGCUAAGUGGACACAAAAAGCACAUCAACUGCCUCGCCUGGGAGCCAUACCAUAAAAAUCCAGAGUGCCGGAGACUAGCGUCAGCCAGUGGCGAUGGCGACUGCCGGGUUUGGGACGUGAAACUGGGGCAGUGUCUGAUGAACAUUGCCGGGCACACAAAUGCCGUGACAGCAGUCCGCUGGGGAGGAGCAGGUCUCAUCUACACGUCCUCGAAGGAUCGCACCGUGAAGAUGUGGCGAGCAGACGAUGGCAUUCUGUGCCGCACUUUCUCCGGGCACGCUCAUUGGGUGAACAACAUUGCGCUGAGCACGGACUAUGUUCUGCGCACAGGUCCGUUUCAUCCUGUUAAAGACCGAUCCAAGAGUUAUGUGAGCAUGAGUACCGAGGAGCUACAGGAAUCGGCUUUGAAACGCUUCCAGGCCGUGUGUCCAGAUGAGGUGGAGUCCUUGGUUUCCUGCUCAGACGACAACACUCUGUACCUGUGGCGCAACAACCAGAACAAGUGUGUGGAGCGGAUGACGGGCCACCAGAACGUGGUGAACGACGUGAAGUACUCGCCGGAUGUGAAGCUGAUUGCUUCCGCGUCGUUCGACAAGUCCGUGCGUCUGUGGAGGGCCACCGACGGUCAGUAUAUCGCCACGUUCCGAGGUCAUGUGCAGGCUGUGUACACGCUAGCUUGGUCAGCAGAUUCCAGAUUGAUAGUUUCGGGUAGCAAGGAUUCCACAUUGAAGGUUUGGAGCGUCCAGACGAAAAAACUAGCCCAGGAGCUGCCAGGGCAUGCAGACGAAGUUUUCGGCGUGGACUGGGCGCCCGAUGGCUCUCGGGUGGCCUCUGGGGGAAAGGACAAACUCAUCAAGCUGUGGGCCUACUAGACGCGGAACUCAUCUACUUUAUUAGAAUAAAAUGCGGAAUAAAGCACAGAACCUGAGUAAA